CUGUUUUUUCCAAACAGGAAGAGGAAGAGCGCCGUGAGAAGUUGUUGGCCUGGCCAAAAUCAGGGAAAAUAUAGAUUAAUUGCUCAAUCUAGACUGCCACAAUAGUUUUUAGUCAAUAACAAAAAUAUACUGCUAGUUGGUUCCUCGAAAAAUGGCCCACGCCACACCGCAGGGCGUCAAGCUAUUGAACGGAUGGAAGCGUCCGGGUCGCUUUGACAAGGGUCUGGGCGCCCAGCUGCCCGAGGCGUACCGGAAGUUUUGGCGCGAGUGGAAGCUGACAACGCCAGCUGCUGUCCACUACAUCCCCAAGGAGCGCGAAUGGGAACGCGACGAGGUGACCCAUGCCAUCAAGCCGGUGCAGAAUAUACCGCUCCCGCUGAUCGACACCCCGGAAUCCCACCAGGGCAUCUGGGGCGGAGAGGCGGUGAUUAAGGGUUUCCAGAAGCGCGAGCAGACAAAGCGUCGCGUUCCCCACUUCUGGGUGCCCAAUCUGCGACGUUCGGUGGUCCACAGCCAUGUGCUGGACUCCUACAUGUCCGUUGUGGUGACGGAGCGCACGCUGGAGCAGAUCCACGAAUGCCAUGGCUUCGAUCACUAUCUCCUCAAGAAUCGUGCCUGCGAUCUGCGCUCCGCUCUGGCCCUGAAACUCAAGCGUGAGGUGCUCCAGGCCCUGCAGAAAGGCGUUCCCGCCCUGGCCGACGAACCCGAGCGCCAGAAGGAGGUGCUUAGGGAGUACAAACGCUAUCUGGCGCCCUAUACGCCCGAGGAAAUCGAUUGGUACGGCCAUACCUACCUGGAGGCCAUUCGCAAGCUGCAGAAGCAGCUGCGCGAGGCGGAAAAAGUGCUGCCGCAUAAGCUGGAGUUCCGCAGUAAGCUGAUUGAUCAGCUGCGGCAGGCUGGGAUCAGCGAGGCGGGAAAGCUGGAGAAGCCGGAGGCACUGGCGGGAUCUUCAGCCGAGCACAAGGAUUCGGACAUCGAGGCGCUGACAAAGCUGGAAUCCUCGCCCUCCUCCAGUUGGCUGUCUAAGAUCAAUCCUUUCGGCAAGAAAGAAACCUAGACCAGUUAUCCUCGUUUGUUUUUGAUUUAUGUGUUUACCCUCGAAAGAAUAAACAUAAUUUCGGAAACAUUUCGUUAUAAUUCGAUCGAUUCAAA